AUGAACAUCAACCUUCGGGAGGGUUUUCUCUUCCGUGCUACCGACCCUAAAGGUCGCGUUUCUCCAAAGCCGUUCGUGGGUUCUACGGUGGCUAACCGUCUCCGCCUUCAUCUCACGGCGUUAAAUAUUGAUGAGGGUGAAACUAUGCACAGUUUUAGGAGCGCCUGUUCCAUAACUCUACCUCUUUUAGGUGCCUCAGAUGACCAAGUGGCUAGUCAUGUUGGCUGGAAAAGCAUCCAGGUGGCUCGAUAUUAUUCUCAAGUCCCCAAAGUUAUGGAUUUGUCGCUGCCAGCUUCUCUUCUUGCCCAAGGCACUGUUAGAGGGAAAGAUAGUAUUUCUCGCGCAGGUUCAUUAGGGACCGAAUUCCGCGCUCGCAGUAAUCUCAAGGGGCUAUCCCUCGCCUUUCCUUGA